CUGAGUUCAGCCGGCGAGGAGGCCAGAAAACAGAUGCGUAUUUGUGAGGGUCUGGUUGACUCACUGCUCUACGUCAUCAAAGCCUGUGUAAACACCUCUGACUUCGACAGCAAGAUUGUGGAGAACUGUAUUUGCACUCUAAGGAACUUGUCGUAUCGUCUGGAGCUGGAGAUGCCGCCGUCCCGGCUGAUCGGGGGGCAGGAGCUGGAUGGCUUACUGGGCAACGAGUCGCCCUGUAAAGAGAUGGACUCCAGCUGCUGGGGCAGGAAGAAGAAGAAGAAGAAAAAGAGCUUGCAGGAAGACUCGAUUGCAGACAAAUAA